CUGUGACUCGGAAAGUGAAUGCUAAGUAGCUAUAGGCUGCGUCUGUAUCGAUAUCUCCCUCUUUCCCCUCGUUUGCCCAGACGGCCUACAGCAUUCACUGUCCGAGCGAUGUCGCAGACCCCGAACGAUCCCGUGCUGCAGUCAGGGGCGUCGACGCCCGCGCCGCAGGGAAAUGAGCCCAAGACUAAGAGUGCAGCCAAGAAAGAGGCGAAGAGGCUAGAGAAAGAGGCGAAACUAGCUGCUAAGACCGCCAAGGUUGCAGCUGCAACCCCGGCCGGCGAAAAGAAAGCAAAGGCUGAGAAGGAGAAGAAGGAGGAAGAGCCUGCUUUCGUGAACACGACGCCAAAGGGAGAGAAGAAGGAUCUUUCCCAGCCCAUGGGCAGCGGCUACAAUCCUAUCGCCGUCGAAGCAGCCUGGUAUGACUGGUGGGAUGCCCAAGGCUUUUUCUCCCCGCAGCUCACCCCCGAUGGCAAAGUCAAGCCCGAAGGCCGCUUCGUCAUGUCCUUCCCGCCCCCAAAUGUCACCGGCAGCCUGCACAUCGGGCACGGCCUGACCAUCGCCAUCCAGGACACCCUGGUCCGGUGGAACCGCAUGUUGGGCAAGACGACCCUGUGGGUGCCCGGCUUCGACCACGCGGGCAUCUCGACUCAGUCCGUGGUGGAGAAGCGCCUGUUCAAGUCCUCGGGCCAGACGCGCCACGACCUCGGGCGCGAGAAGUUCAUCGAGACGGUGUACGACUGGAAGAAUGACUACCAGGCACGGAUCACCAACCAGAUGCGCCGGCUGGGAGGGAGCUUCGACUGGUCGAGGGCUGCCUUCACUAUGGAUGAGCCUCGCUAUAAGGCCGUGAUCGAGAACUUCUGCCGGCUGCACGAAGAUGGCAUUCUCUAUCGCGCUAACCGACUCGUCAACUGGUGUGUGCGGUUACAUACGACCUUGUCCAACCUCGAGGUCGAGCAAAAGCAGCUCACCGGCCGGACAUUGCUUAAUGUGCCCGGCUAUGAUCCCAAGGAGAAGUUCGAAUUCGGAGCGAUUACGAGUUUUGCGUAUCCAAUCGAAAACUCCGACGAAAAGAUAAUUGUCGCCACGACGCGUCCGGAGACAAUGCUAGGUGACAGUGCCAUUGCCGUACAUCCCGAUGACCCUCGGUAUAAGCAUCUCCACGGCAAGUUCGCGGUGCAUCCCUUCCUGGACCGACGCAUCCCCAUUGUCACGGACUCGAUUGUGGUAGACAUGUCCUUCGGAACUGGUGCGGUCAAGAUCACACCUGCGCACGAUCCGAACGAUUACGAGGUCGGAAAGCGACAUAACUUGCCUUUCAUCAAUAUCUUGAAUGACGAUGGGACGUUUAAUGCGAAUGCUGGGCCGAAGUUCCAGGGCAUGAAACGGUUCCAUGCUAGGGUGGCUGUUGUGGAGGCCUUGAAGGAGAAAGGACUCUUUGUUGAUGUGAAAGACAACCCCAUGAGCAUACCUAUUUGCACUAAAUCAGGCGACAUCAUCGAACCUGUCCUGAAGCCACAGUGGUGGGUGAACUGCAAACCAUUGGCUGAAGAGGCUCUGAAUCACACGCGAGCUGGAGAGUUGUCUAUUAAGCCGGCACUGUCCGAAUCGGAAUGGUACCGCUGGCUGGAGAAUAUUCAAGACUGGUGUAUCUCCAGGCAGCUCUGGUGGGGCCACCGGUGUCCAGCGUACUUCGUGCGAAUUGAGGGCAUCGAACAGGACAGUAACGAUGGGAAGUGGUGGGUGUCUGGCCGGACGCUAGAUCAAGCUACAGAGCGUGCCAAGAAGCUUGCAGAUGGGAAGCCAUUCACGCUGGAGCAGGACGAGGAUGUGCUGGAUACCUGGUUCUCGUCUGGUCUCUGGCCGUUCUCCACCUUGGGCUGGCCCGAUAACACGGAGGACUACCGCAAUUUCUAUCCCACAUCCCUGCUCGAGACGGGCUGGGACAUCCUGUUCUUCUGGGUUGCCCGGAUGGUUCUCUUGGGCUUGCACCUUACUGGGAAGAUGCCCUUCGACGAGGUAUUCUGUCAUGCUAUGAUACGUGACGCGCAUGGGCGGAAGAUGAGCAAGUCCCUGGGUAAUGUCAUCGACCCGAUCGACGUUAUCCAGGGACUGCCCCUGGAGGACCUGCACCAGAAGCUAUACGAGGGAAACCUUGAUGAGAAGGAGAUUCAGAAGGCUAAGUUGGGUCAGAAGAAGGACUUCCCGAAGGGGAUUCCGCAGUGCGGUACGGAUGCCCUUCGGUUUGCGCUGUGCGCGUACAGUGGAGGAGGUCGGGACAUCAACUUGGAGAUUCUGCGGGUAGAAGGAUACCGCAAGUUCUGCAAUAAAAUCUUCAACGCUACGAAAUUCGCGAUGCUCAAGCUUGAUGAAGAGUUCAUCCCUUUGCCACAAGCUAAGCCGACUGGGAAGGAAAGCCUUGUUGAGAAAUGGAUCUUCCAUAAGCUGAACUUCGCCGCGGCGGAGCUCAACCGGUACCUGACGGAACGCAACUUCAUGAUGGCGACGACGGCUGCGUAUAACUUCUGGUUGUACGAGCUAUGUGAUGUCUACAUUGAAGCCAUGAAACCCAUGACGGACGAAUCGGCCUCCGCGGAGACACGAAAGUCAGCUCAGCAGACGUUGUACACUUGCUUAGAUUAUGGCCUGCGGCUGCUGCAUCCGUUCAUGCCGUUUGUCACGGAGGAGUUAUGGCAAAGACUGCCGCGUCGACCGAAUGACCCUACGCCAUCUAUCAUGAUCUCAUCUUAUCCCACUCAUGACUCCGACUUCGUCUUCGAUGCCGCAGACAGACAAUUCGACCUGAUUUUUGAUGCGAUUAAAGCCGGUAGAUCCCUGGCAGCGUCAUAUAGCUUGCAAAAUGAUAUCCAAAUCUUCGUACAUUGCCAGGCAGACGAAGAAGCGGCGCUAUUCGAGUCGCAGAAGGCUACUAUGCAGACCUUAACGAAGGGCUGCCAGUCCGUGAAGGUAGUACGAUCUGUAGACGAGAUCACGCCGGGUUGCGGGUCUGCCGUUCUUAGUCCAACCAUUGCGUUGCACAUUCUCGUCAGAGGUCUUGUAGAUCUCGACGCAGAAAUUGCCAAGUGCGAAAAGAAGAUACAUCUGGCCAACCUGAACCUGGAGAAGGUCAAGAAAGCGGAAUCGGUGGCAGACUACGAGGCUACUGUGCCAGCUAACGUUCGUCUCGCCAACGAGGAAAAGCGGAAAACUUACGUUGCAGAAAUCGCCGCGUUGGAGAUAUCGAAGGAUAUGUUCCAGAAGCUGAAAUGAGUAGUCAAAUGCAUCUCGGAUCAGCUGUAUAGAGGAAGUACUAAUAGAUGUAUCCAUAUCAUUUACACGCGGAGACCGACCACACGUUAUUUAAUCUCGAAUCGAAACGCAA